AAUAGUAGGCUUUCUUUAAUCAAAAAAAACUUCAAAUGAAAUAUUUCACCGAAAGUGCGUUAUCAAAAUUUUUACCGUGUAUAACUCGCAAAUACAAAGCAUGACCAACAAACCGAAAAUUGCAAAUAAAAAAAGUUCGCAUAAAACUCGCGAUCCUCCAAACAGCACGCACCAAAAGGACAAAACCGAUAUCAAAUUGAAAACCAAAGACCAAGAUAGUUUAAUUCUUCGCUACCUCACCAAACUGAAGAAACUCUUCCAUAACAAAAACCAGGAAACCCAGCCUGUUAACGCAAAGGGAAACGAACUGCAGGAGGUAAUGUACAAUAUGGUGAACGAAGCCUUAGAUUACGGAUACAGGAAUAGAAUCCUGGAAAAGAGAGGUACUGCUGCAAACCGUGCCACUGCAGAAAACCACUUUCAAAUCAAUGUAAAGAAUGCGCUAGAAUGCAUAUAA